CGAGCCCAGCGGCGCGAGUGCGUCUUCUAAGCCGAGGUAGUGUGGUGCUGUCUUUUCUUCUCAGACCCCCACCGGAAGUGUAGGUCUUACCCCAAAAGUGCCUGCCAGCAAACAAGAACAGACUUUAAUUCAUGAAGAAACAGAUCUGCCCUUGGAGGGGACCCCGAGGAAGAAAGGGGGCAGAUUUGAACCUACCUGCUUUCAAACCAGUCAUCAUGAUGAAACUUAGACACAAAAAUAAAAAGACAGGUAAUUGUUCCAAAAGCUGCAAGAAGCCUGCAAAACAAAAUGGGAAGAAAGCAAUCUCCAGAGUGGCCUCUGUUCCCCAGUUUGUUCAUGCCAAUGAUCAUGCCAGUUGGAAGGCUGAAUUAAAAAAGAAGAGGGUAGAGGAGAUGAAGGAGAGGCAGCAAGCUGCCCGGGAACAAGAGAGACAAAGACAUAGGACCAUCGAGAGUUACUGUCAGGAUGUCUUGAGACGCCAGGAAGAGUUUGAGCGCAAGGAAGAAGUUUUGCAGGAGUUGAAUAUGUCUCCUCAGCUGGAUGAUGAGGCCACAAGGAAGGCUUAUUACAAGGAGUUUCGUAAGGUGGUGGAAUACUCAGAUGUGAUUCUAGAAGUUUUAGAUGCCAGAGAUCCAUUGGGCUGCCGCUGCUUCCAAAUGGAGAACGCUGUCCUGAGGGCGGAAGGCAACAAGAAGCUAGUUCUGGUCUUGAACAAGAUUGACCUGGUCCCCAAGGAGGUUGUAAAGAAGUGGCUGGAUUACCUUCGGAAUGAGCUGCCAACUGUGGCUUUCAAGGCCAGCACCCAGCAUCAGGUCAAAAACCUGAAUCGCUGCAGUAUACCAGUGGAUCACGCCUCUGAGUUUAUGCUAAAAAACAAAGCCUGCUUUGGGGCUGAAAACCUCAUGAGGGUUCUGGGAAACUACUGCCGCCUUGGUGAAGUGCGUACUCACAUUCGUGUGGGUGUUGUUGGCCUUCCCAAUGUUGGUAAGAGCAGCCUGAUCAAUAGCUUGAAGCGCAGUCGUGUUUGCAGUGUGGGAGCUGUUCCUGGAGUCACCAAAUUCAUGCAGGAGGUCUACCUGGACAAGUUUAUUAGGCUGCUGGAUGCUCCAGGCAUCGUACCAGGAUCCAACUCAGAAGUAGGCACCAUUCUGCAUAACUGUAUCCAUGUGCAGAAGUUGGCAGACCCUGUGACCCCAGUGGAGACCAUCCUGCAGCGCUGCAACUUGGAGGAGAUUUCCAACUAUUAUGGCAUCUCUGGCUUCCAGACCACUGAGCACUUUCUGACAGCAGUGGCCCACCGCCUGGGGAGGAAAAAGAAGGGUGGCGUAUAUAAUCAGGAGCAGGCAGCCAAAGCUGUCCUGGCUGACUGGGUGAGUGGGAAGAUCAGCUUCUAUACACCACCACCACCCACCCACACACUGCCUACUCAUCUCAAUGCUGAGAUUGUUAAGGAGAUGACUGAGGUCUUUGAUAUUGAAGAUACCAAGCAGGCCAAUGAAGACACCAUGGAAUGCUUGGCAACUGGAGAAUCUGAUAAGCUGUUAGGUGACAUGGACCCACUCGAAAUGGACAUCAAGCGGCUCCAUUCUCCGAUGAUGAAAAUAGCAGAUGCCAUUGAAAAUAAAACCACUAUAUAUAAGAUUGGAGAUCUCACUGGGUACUGCAUGAAUCCAAACCAUUAUCAGAUGGGGUGGGCUAAACACAAUAUGGACCACCAUUCCAAGAAUAACAGCAUAGUAGAUGCUUCCCCAGUGGACCGUCGCCCAGUACUGCAGAGGAUCAUGGAGACAGACCCUCUGCAACAGGGCCAGGCUCUAGCAACUGCAUUGAAAAGUAAGAAGAAGAUGCAGAAGCGCACAGAUAAAAUUGCAAGUAAGCUGUCUGAUUCCAUGAUGUCUGCCCUCAACCUCUCUGGCAAUGCUGAUGAAAGUGCUGGUGACUGAUCAACUGACCUCCCUCUCUUCCCUCUCCAAGCGCCAGUUUGAGUGGGAUCGGGGCAUGCAGAUGAAAUAGUUUGGUUCUUCCUAAAACACCCUUCCUCGAACACACAUCCCCCAUAUGUUUUGUUCUCUUAAGCAAAAACAAACAGAAAGGGUCCCAAGAGGCAGGAACUGCCAAACCCAGUACCCUUUAUUUAAUCCCUACUCUGUUUCACAAAAGAAGUAACAGCAGAGCUCAGAUACUAAUAAUUUAUACCCCCUCUUUGGUCCCUGGGUCCCACUCUGUUGACUGACCUGCUCUGAGAGCUGAUCUUCCAUAAAACCUUGUUCAGCAGAAUAUGCAACUCUAAGAAGCUAAGCUCCUGGCAGACCAAGGGGUCUCUGGGAGGUAUUGAUUUCUUCACUACUAUGCAAGAGAUCUCAGUGGCAAGGCAUUUUUGCCAUUGGCUUCAGGCCAUGUGUCUUGCCUCCAUGCCCACAGUUUCUCUCCUGGUGGCAAUGGGAAUAAAGUGGAGAAGUGGUAAACUUUCUGUGUCUCUAGAAGGGCCUGGGGAUAGGACAGAGAAAAGAAGAGAAGAAAUAACCCUGGUUGGUGCUGGUGUGAUAGGUUAAAGGCACCUUCUUGACUGUGAGGUUGGGAGGCAAGCCCCAUCUUGAGGCUUUUCUGGGCAUUCAGAAUCAAAGGAAUCCCUUUAACUGAAACACUCUGACUGGGCACUAUCCUUAUCUAGCACCAGUAUUUGAAUUCCAUGAUUCAAGAGGAUUCUAGUAUUGUUUAUUCACAGACUAUUUUUAUGAGAGCUGUUGUACUUGGGGGCUGCACAAGUCAACUCCUUUCCCAGUGUCUGGAAGCAUGCUGUUAAGUCAGCUUCCUCUUCUGGGAAUACCUCCCCAUUAGGCAAGGGCAAUGGGCCCAAAUAUACCAGAGACCCUCAGAAAGGAACCAGGUAGACAAUUGUAGCUGUAUUAACCUUAUUAGUUUACCUGGAGUUCAUUGUUUAAUGCACAGGACUUUAGUUCCCAACAAUCUAUAGACUGACACAUUUGAAGAGAGUGGUAAUUACAUUAUUUCAAUCUUUGCCACAUACUCCAAACUUCUACACCAUCCUUGAACCUGUAACUAUCUAUACCUGAGCUUGCUCUUGCCUCUGUCAUGCUGGCACCCCCUAAUUUAUUCAGGUUCUAAGAGGGGAACCAUGUGAGAGACUGAAAAGCCAUUGACUGUCUGGUAUUUGGACAGGGGAGUGCAGAGCACUUCUUGUGUUUGGAGGCAGAUCAAGAAGAGAAUUGUAUUGUAUACUAGUUGAGUACAAUCUGCACCAAAACCCUGGAAACCUGUUAACCUCCUUUAUUCUUCCAUACAGUUCUGCCAGUAAAGGGUUAGUCUCCCCAUAUAAAAGAUAAACAAGUCCAGAAAGUUGACAAGACAUAACCUUGAUGACAUAUUAAAUAUUGAUGCCAGAAUUGGAUCCCAAGUGUGAUUAAAAUACUAUAUGGGUCCCUUGUUCUGCUCUUUAACCAAGGGACAUUGAUUAAGCAACUAUUUUGUUCCAGUCUCUUACAGAGUCCUUUAAACGAAUUUUUUUUUGUUUGUUUUUAAAAACUAGAAGUGUCUUUGCUAAAAUUACAGUCAGUACGCUUGUGUAAGGUCCAACUUAAUUUCACAUUGUCUCAUUAUCAGCCUCUCCUCAUGUUGCAAUAGAAAAUUGGAUAUUGGGACAACUAAGGCUACUUUACAGGCAUAUAGUAUUCUAUAAUUUAACAUUUAAAAUAUUUUCUACAACUGUUAAGAAGCUCUGGUAAGUAAGUACUAAAGUUAGAAGUAUUUAGAUGAGUAAGAAAUAGCAUGGGAACAUAAUAUGGCCCAAAUCAAACAAGAACUGAAGUAAUCAUGUAAGGAUAAGAAUUUGGGACUCCAGAUUAUCCACCUACUCAAGUUUUAAAAACUGUUUCUUGAAGUCUUUUUUUCUCUUCAUUAAAAAUAUUAAGGUAUAAUUUGCAUGCAGUAAAGUUCACCCAUUGUAGUUUACAUUCUGAGUCCUUGGACAAAUGUAUACCGGAGUGAACCACCACUGCAAGCAAGGUUUUGGAUGGCUGUAUAACCCCCCAAACUCCCUGGGUCCCUUUGUAGUCAAUCCCUAUCCCUCAGCCCACAGUCUUGGCAACCACUGAUUUGUUUCCUGU